GGAUCUGGAGAAAUGUCCCAGCCAGGUGCGACUGAUCGAUGAGUUCAGUGUGGGCUGAGAGAGGUUACUGUGAACUUAUGAGUGAAUUUACUGAAUACAGGAUGAGUUUAAGAGACAUCAUGGACACCUAUAGCUGUCAUCUGUUGGUGUGUGAUCAUCAGUGUGUGUUGUGUGUUAGAAUUUAAACGGAACAAUUCAGGAGAGCGACUUUGUUUGACGCGUUGAAGCGCAGAAUGCGUGGCUCAGACAGGUGAGAGAGAUGCAUCAUGGGCGGGGAUGGACCAAAGAGUGACUCCAAGGAGACAAAGAAUCAGCUGUCAUGUCACAAAGAAACCUGCAUGGACUCCUCCACCUGGAGCUGAGCCCGCAGUGGAGCGUCGUGUGUGAAAGGAGACCCCGCCAGCCUCCAUGGCUCACUCGUCAGACCCGUCCCGCAGGGAGAAGACCCCUGGGAACCAAGGGUCACACACGGCUACACGCAACCUCUUACGGAAGAAGGAGCAGCGCCGGCGUGGAAUCCGAUCCUCGUCGCCCAUGGGCCGGGUCAUCCUCAUCAACUCUCCUGUGGAUGGUGGAGAUGACUGCGAGGACCUCCACACCAUCACAGUGGAUAAAAGUGUGGACGGAAAACUUGGCUUCAGCGUGCGAGGCGGCUCCGAACACGGCCUCAGCAUCUUUGUCAGCAAGGUGGAGGACAACAGCACAGCAGAGGAGGCCGGCCUGCUGGUAGGAGACAAACUGGUGGAGGUGAACGGAGUCAGUCUGGAGAGCAUCACGAUGAGCAGCGCUGUGAAGGUCCUGACAGGAAACAACAGGCUGAGGAUGGUGGUGAGGCGUGUUGGGAAAGUACCCGGCAUUCGCUACUCCAAGGAGAAGACCACCUGGGUGGAUUUGAUCCACAGAAGGAUGGUGGUGGAGGAGAGCGGACAGACGCCUUCAGAGGUGAGCUCAGGAAGCGCUCUGCAGAGGAUCGUCCACCUCUACACCACCUCAGACGACUACUGCCUCGGCUUCAACAUCCGCGGGGGAAAGGAGUUCGGUCUGGGGAUCUACGUCUCCAAACUGGAUCCUGGAGGUCUGGCGGAGCAGAAUGGAAUAAAGAUGGGGGACCAGAUCAUGGCGGCCAAUGGAGUGAGCUUUGAGGACAUCAGCCACAGCAGUGCAGUGGAGGUGCUGAAGAGCCACACACACAUCAUGCUGACCAUCAAGGAAGCAGGACGAUACCCGGCUUAUAAAGAGAUGGUGGCAGAGUACAGGUGGCUCAAUAAGCUGGCCAAUGGCACCCAGAAAUCUUCCUCUCAGGGUUCAGGCUCCACCUCCUCCGUCUCCUCUCUGUCGUCUGGGACUCCGGUCAGCUCUCUCAGCGGCCUGUCGCAGGUCAUGUUCCCUCCCAGCAUGCCGUUUGGUUCGGACAUGGUGGAUGUUUGCAUCUCCACAGAGGACCUGAGGUUUGAGUCAGAGCGGACAGAGACCGCCAUCCAGACAGACCUUCCCUCUCACCGGCCGAGUCUGGACACAACUCGCAGCCUGGGUCCGACCACUCUGCUCAGAGACACGGCCAUCAGACGAGAGGAGGAACAGACCAGAGGGAGGAAAGAGUCCACAAAGACAGCCGUGCUGAUGGCUCUAAGCAGGCCGAGCAGACCGAUCAGCAGAUCCCAGAGCCAGGUCACCAUAGAAGAGAUCAAUCAGAAGAAGGAUAAGAAGCAGAAAGGGAAGGACCCGGAGGAGAAGAGCACCCUGCAGCGCUCAAAGACUUUGGUCAACCUGCUUUUCAAGGGUGGACGAAAGAGAGACACGGUCAGGGCAAGAUCCAAGUCCCCGUUUAAAGACAAGACCAGCAAAGAGGGACGACAGGUCGGUGCGAUGCCAAAUAAAGAGAUGCUCAGCACAGUGGACGACAUGGCGCGCAGGCUGCUGACAGACGAGGAGGUGGACGCUGUGAUGAAGACGUGCCGAAGGUACAUAACAGAGCGCUCUGUGGAGAACUUGAUACGCCACCUGCUGGCCGUGCUGGACCGCCCUGAGAAGCUGCUGCUGCUGAGGGAGGUCAGGAUGCUGCUUCCUCCCGCCGACCUGACCACGUUCAAUAACUUGGUGAGCCCGCUCGAAGGCGAGGCCUACGACAUCCUCAAGUACCGCUCAAUUAAAACUCCUCCUCUUCGCUCGCCCAUGUCUGGUAGAGCGCCGAAACGACGACUCAUCACUCCCAUCCCAGACUUCAGAGGAGGCUUCGAGCUCCACACUGCUGAGGAGGUGGAGAAGGAGAGCAACCUCCUGGAUCAGCUGGAGAAGCUCAGUGUCUCUGGGCUCCAGAAACCCAGAGACAGACCCACCUCCCCCAGAUCCUUCACCCAGCUGCUGGACAUACCCGUGGACGAGUACGACACAGAGACCUCAGACUUAAGACCGUCCUCUGCCAGCCCCACGCUCCCAAACUGGCUGUUGACCCGCAGCGAGGACUCCCGCCCUCCUCUCCGGACCAACAUCGGUACCAUCCGCUCCGUCCACUUCGACGAGGUUUCACUGCACUCCACCUUAGAAAGACGAAGAUCCCCGUCUAGAAACGGACACACCAAGGGACGAAAGAAGAGCGCAGACAGCGAUAGAGAAUCUGUGUUCACGUUGCAGAGCGCGGCUCGCAGGAGUCGACCGCCGCUGUCUCAGGUUUUCAGUUCGGAUCAGAGGACGGGGAGCGAGCAGGUGAACGGACAUCAGGAUAGAUCUGAGAACAGACUCAAUGGAUCCGAGCCAGGACCGGAGUACAAACUCAAAACUGUCACCAUCUCAAAGACCAAACAGUCCCUGGGCAUCAGCAUAUCAGGGGGGAUGGAGUCAAAGGUUCAGCCCAUGGUGAAGAUCGAGAAGAUCUUUCCUGGAGGAGCCGCCUCCACCUGUGAAGUUCUCAAGGCCGGGUUUGAGUUGGUGUCCGUGGACGCCGUCUCCCUGCAAGGAGUCACCCACCUGCACGCCGUGGACAUCAUCAGGAAAGCCUUCAGCAACAAGGCCAGAGACCCUAUGGUGCUGGUGGUCAAAGUCCCCAAGAACAUUUCAAAGGAGACGCACUCUUGAGGCGCUCGUCAUGAGAGACGGGGACGUGGACUUCAUCACAUGCGGCUACACGCUGAGGUCAGGUAUGCAACACUGCCAUACUUUUUUAAGCUCAGUGUGAGGACAUGGACUCUGAUGAUGACUGACGGAAAAACGCAUGAGCCCACGUAUAAGAGGAGUGUGCAGGAAGAGAGAUGCAGUACAGUAUUUACAGGACUGAAAACCUGAACCGUGGUGCUCCUGAGGCCUUUUCAGUUUAGGUUGGACUCUUUUAUCUAUUGAGAAAUAAAUGUGUCAUGGAUCAGCAGUGUAUGUCUUUACAUCUUAAAGCUAGGGUUGGUAGCCACGGAAAACUAGCAUUCAUUUGAAUGUAGCAUUUCCUCGGGACUCAGUCUUUGAUUGGUUUCAUAAUUUGGAUCCUGAUGGCCGGGAUUGGUUAGUGUUUUCCCAGGUUUACUCCGGCUGUAGAUAGCAGCUUUUUGAAGAACACAUUAUGUAUUGAUUGCCAUCGGGGCAUAAAGAUCAUUUUAACCAGUAUAACAAAGUGUAUCUAAAUCUGACUACCAACCCCAGCUUUAAUAUUUAAAUGUGCAAGAUGAUAAAUUGAAACCUGAGUGCCUUUAAAAGGCCUACAUACUGUACUUAAUGUCCAUGUUGAAUGUAAUACAAAGUUUGACCUGUAGAGGGCAGACAAGAGCUGCUCAGAGAAGAAGUAGACCACUACAUUGAAUAAAUGUUAGUUUAAUCAGUGCUGUAAACUUAGUAUCCAGGUUGCCAUUGAAGAGAGUUAUAAGUAAAAUAAAAGUUUCAUGUCCUGGGUGAAUCAUGACAAAAAUAAAAAGCUACUCCUACAAACUCUCCUCA